UGUACAACGUGCCUUAAAUUGAAAAAAGGGGGUGGAAGAAGAAAGACAGACGUAGGCGUUAAGACUGACGUCCCUGCCGGAUAACAAUAGUGAAGACGUGUUCCUCACUCCCACUCAACAAAAGUUCUCUCAACAUCCGCCAAGAUGGGAAUCCGAAAAAAGAACAACAAGAACCCACCGGUGCUCAGCCACGAGUUUGUGAUCCAGAACCACGCGGAUAUUGUGUCUUGUGUUGCUAUGGUGUUUCUGCUGGGUCUUAUGUUUGAGAUUACAUCAAAGGUAGCAGUUUUGUUCAUAACUGUGCAAUACAAUGUAACAAUUCCAGCAGAUGGAGGUCCAGAGGAAACGACAGUGAAUUACUUCCAUUACGGUCUGAAAGAUGUGGCCACCGUCUUCUUCUACAUGUUAGUUGCCAUUAUCAUGCACGCCAUUAUUCAGGAAUACGUGCUGGAUAAAAUCAACAGGAAGAUGCACUUCUCCAAAACCAAGCACAGCAAGUUCAAUGAGUCGGGUCAGCUGAGUGCCUUCUACCUCUUCUCCUGCCUGUGGGGAGCCAGCAUUCUUGUUUCUGAGAACCUCCUGUCCAACCCUGUCAGCCUGUGGGACGGUUACCCGCACACCCUUAUGCUGUUCCAGAUGAAGUUCUACUACAUCUGUCAGCUUGGUUACUGGCUUCAUGCUAUCCCUGAGCUCUACUUCCAGAAGGCCAAGAAAGAGGACAUUCCUCGUCAGCUUGUUUAUAUCAGCCUUUACCUGGUCCACAUCACUGGAGCCUACGUUCUGAAUCUGAACCGGUUGGGCCUGGUGUUGCUGGUUCUGCAUUACUUUGUUGAGUUCCUCUUCCAUGUCUCCCGACUCAUUUACUUCAGCAAUGAAAACAGGCAGACCGGGUGAGUGCUAUUGAUUACG